GACGCUCCGCUACUCGGCCUCCGUCCUGCGUGGUGUGGGCCGCGGGCCGCCGGCCUGCUCCGCGCCGGCGCGUGCGGUGUACGCGCGCGCGCGCCCGCGCGCCCCCCAACCGCCACCGAACUUUCUGGAACCGGAGUCCCACAGCCGCCCCCGCUGCCGAUCGAGCUCGCGGCCCCCGCCAGCGCCUACGGCCCUGGAGGCCUCUGGGCACGGGAGGGGGGAGGGGCCCGAGCGUGGGCGGGGCCUCCGGGGGGCGGCCCGGUGUGAUUCGCCGCCUCCGCGCAGGCCCCGCCUCUCCGGCGCCCUGGCCCCGCCCCCUUCCUCCCCCUCCAUGGCGCCUCCCAGGCUCAUUCAUUCAGCGCCGGGCCUGCUAGACACCUGUUCUCAGCUCCCGCUGCCGUCCACCGUCGCAGAUAAGAUGUCAGGCUCCGCCACGGACACACCGUCCGCCAUCCAGAUCUGCCGGAUUAUGCGGCCAGAUGAUGCCAACGUGGCUGGCAAUGUUCAUGGAGGGACCAUUUUGAAGAUGAUUGAGGAGGCAGGGGCCAUCAUCAGCACCCGACAUUGUAAUAGCCAGAAUGGGUAUUCACGGCAGGAGCUGGAGGAAGAGGGUCGGAAACGCUAUGAAGCCCAGAAGCUGGAGCGCAUGGAGACCAAGUGGAGGAACGGGGACAUUGUCCAGCCUGUCCUGAACCCAGAACCGAACACAGUGAGCUACAGCCAGUCCAGCUUGAUCCACCUGGUGGGGCCCUCGGACUGCACUCUUCAUGGCUUCGUGCACGGAGGCGUCACCAUGAAGCUCAUGGACGAGGUGGCUGGGAUUGUGGCUGCACGCCACUGCAAGACCAACAUAGUCACAGCCUCCGUGGAUGCAAUCAAUUUCCACGACAAGAUCCGGAAAGGCUGUGUCAUCACCAUCUCUGGACGUAUGACCUUCACUAGCAAUAAGUCCAUGGAAAUUGAGGUCCUGGUGGACGCCGACCCUGUGGUGGACAACUCACAGAAGCGAUACCGGGCCGCCAGUGCCUUUUUCACCUAUGUGUCCCUGAGCCAGGAUGGCAAGCCACUGCCUGUACCUCAGCUUGUGCCUGAGACUGAGGAUGAGAAGAAGCGCUUUGAAGAAGGCAAAGGCCGCUAUCUGCAGAUGAAGGCGAAGCGACAGGGCCACACAGAGCCUCAGCCCUAGGUGUCUUCCUCCUGCCCCUGGGGUCAGCACAGUUGUGGCAACAGCCCCAUGUGCAGUCACUUAGAAGUAACCCCCUUGGCCAAAACCCCGUUUUCCGCUGAGAGCUGGUGUUGUGAAGUAUUGUGUGGCAGUGUUACCUAUGCCCCAUUCCCAAAACCUGUGCACCAAAGCUUUAUUUAUACCCCUCCAGUAACUGCUCCCUAGUGUUGUCCCAAAGGCCACCAUGGACACCAGAGCACUGAAUGGUCUGUGAAGGAAUCAGCACCACUAAUAAAGCUGCUGUCUGGCUGGACCCAUGAA